CAUUUAAACCCUACCUCCUUUCCAAACCCUAGAAAUUCCCCUUACUUCAUCUCUCUCUCUCUCCUCACAUCUUCUGCCGCUCUCUCUCUCUCUUUCCUCGCCGAACCUCUGCAACCAUGGCGGAUGUUGAAGAUGUCGCAGCAGCAGGAGCAGUAGCCGCACCAAAGAAGAGAACAUUCAGGAAGUUCAGUUACCGUGGAAUCGACCUUGAUGCUUUGCUUGACCUCUCUACUGAUGAACUCGUCAAGCAUUUCCCUGCUCGUAUUCGCAGAAGGCUUGGAAGAGGUUUGAAGCGCAAGCCUAUGGCUCUCAUCAAGAAGCUCCGAAAAGCGAAACGUGAGGCACCACCUGGCGAGAAGCCCGAGCCUGUGAGGACUCACCUCCGUAACAUGAUCAUUGUUCCCGAGAUGAUAGGCAGCAUCAUUGGUGUGUACAACGGAAAGACCUUCAACCAGGUUGAAAUCAAGCCUGAAAUGAUUGCCCACUACUUGGCAGAGUUUUCUAUCUCAUACAAACCUGUGAAGCACGGUAGACCUGGUAUUGGUGCUACUCAUUCUUCAAGGUUUAUUCCCCUCAAGUGAAGACAUCAUUCUGUUACAUCUUUGCAGUAUUUAGAAUUAAAUCUCGCUAGGUUUUUUGUUCGACAUUUCAUCUGUCAUGACUCGCUGAGUACUAUGAAUUUUGUGAGAUUUUAAAUGUGUUUUUAUCAUACUAUUAUUAUGCCAAUGAAUUAAGUUUUGUUGAACUUCAAUGGUUUGUCGUUGCUGCUGGUUGUGCACAUUAUGGAAUUGGUUUCUGAUUGAAUAGAAGUUAUCCCCAAAA